AUCCCCUCCUCUCCUCCCUCCCCCCCUCCGCCAUUUAUUUCUCGCCUCCGCUCACCAUUUGCGCUCUCUUUUCCCCCUCGCCUUCCCUUUCUCUCACCACCAGCCUGCAAGAGUUAUAAACCCUACCCCUCCUCUCUCCAGGACCUUUUCCUCCCUCUCUUACUCCUCUCGUCGUAGCACGCUCCAGACACCAUGGCGACGACCAUGAACAAGAAGAAGAAGUUUGUGGCGGACGGCGUGUUCUACGCGGAGCUGAACGAGCUGCUGACACGCGAGCUGGCGGAGGAGGGCUACUCGGGCGUGGAGGUCCGCAAUACGCCCAUGCGCGUCGAGAUCAUCAUCCGCGCCACGCGCACGCAGAACGUGCUCGGCGAGAAGGGUCGUCGCAUCCGCGAGCUGACGUCCGUCGUCCAAAAGAGGUUCAAGUUCAAGGAAGGGACGGUGGAGCUCUAUGCCGAGAAGGUGGCCAACAAGGGGCUGUGCGCGGUGGCGCAGGCGGAGUCGCUGCGCUACAAGCUGCUGGGCGGGCUCGCUGUGCGCCGCGCUUGCUAUGGUGUGCUGCGGUUCAUCAUGGAGAGCAACGCCAAGGGCUGCGAGGUGAUCGUGAGCGGCAAGCUGAGGGCGCAGCGCGCCAAGGCGAUGAAGUUCAAGGACGGGUACAUGAUCUCGUCCGGCGGCCCCACCCGCGACUACAUCGACUCCGCCGUGCGCCACGUCAUGCUGCGCCAGGGCGUGCUGGGCAUCAAGGUGAAGAUCAUGCUGCCCCACGAUGCCAGUGGCAAGGCCGGUGUGGUCCGCCCUCUUCCCGACCAGGUUACCAUCCACACGCCCAAGGACGAGGACGAUGCUCUGUUCAAGCCCGUUAUUGGCAAGGAGGCCGAAGCCCUGGUUGUUCCGGCUCUUGCAUAAGUCAGAUUAUAAUGAAGCUGCAGGAGUGUCUAGGCAUGGCAACGAGUGGUGUCAUAAUGCAAUUUGUUUAGUUGAAUGUUGGAGAAAUCGAGAUGUAUUUCACCUCAGAAUCCUACAUUCGCAUUUGCACCUUAUAGUGGGUUCAUGAAUUAUAGACUGCACAUCUGAAAACGGUGCAGUCAGGUUUGAUGUGGUGUAGCUACAGUCCAGCUGUCCUUGCUUCGAGACCAUCGAGCCCAAAACGACAAACUCAUAGUGUGG